AAUGCACACAGUGUCGGGUUUGAAAUACGGAGAAAUCAUCCGUUAGUCGCCUCAGGAGCUUCGGCACGAAUUCCCUCCUCAGCUGCCGUUAAGAGAAGCAUUCGGUGCAUCUUGUCUUGGGGUUUCACUUUCCAUCAACAUUUUCUGACGAAACAUAGAGCUGUCCAGCGCAACUGCGAUUUGUAAUUGUGUAGCAGAGAUCUGCAGCGCCAGUAAACGCUGAUUUAAAAUACGAUAAGACGUGUAGAAAGAUGAGAUUGAUGUGCGUGAGGUUUCUACGCCGAGUAAACGAAAGAAUCUGAUAGAAUCCGCCUUGACAACGCGGACAGGAACAUAAUUAUUGGAUUUAGAGACAAGAGUGUUCAGAACGGUGUAACUUUGAUGAGUGCUGCAGUGAACAUCGGUCAAGAGAAACGAUCAAAUAUGUAGACGAGCGGACGGAGUCAGAAGGAUGCUGUGAGGUGAUGCUGUAACACAUUAAACAGCGUUCAGCGGAGUCAGCACGUUAUGUUAAAUCUAUGGACUGCGGUUGUAGGCAAGAUAUCCGAGGAGCAUUGGGCCAGUGCGCGUUUAGAAACGGCGUGUUUUUAAGUGCUCAUCUCGAUUAGAGAUAGAUCGGGAGCCAAUAGCUACACUUCUAGUACUAACUCUGCUGGAUGUUACCCAAAGGGAAUAUUGAACUGGACUAGACAGGCUGCUGAAACCCAUGUGGUUCAGACAUUUCUUUCCUGGAUAUGGAUAAUACGCUAUGUUACGUUUCCAGCCAAACAUACCAACGUUGGUGAUCAACUGCUUUUUUACCCCUACACAUUUUGUAUAAGAUUUUUUUAUUCUAGCCCCCCUCCCCCCUUUUUGCACCUGCUUUGCUUUGUCAAAGCUCACAGACCGCUUUAGUGCGCGCCUGCCCUUACUUACAUCUCCUUAAAUCGUGCAUGGAUUCUACAUGAAGUGGGGUUUUGCGAGGUCUGCAGUGAUGCUCCCAUUUACCGCUAUCGCUUCUCACAUCACGUUGAAUAAUAGACUGCCUGUAAAUGUUUGGGAAGAGAAAAUCGGUGGGCAUUAAAUUAUGAAUGUUGAACAAAAUGACCUCUUACCAUCAGCGCCAGAUGUUGAGAGGUCCUAGAUGGAAAGGGGCUUGGUUUGACCCCUUGUUUCUCCUGCUUUUAGCCCUGCAGUUACUUGUCGUCGCUGGAUUGGUGCGAGCUCAAACCUGUCCAUCCGUAUGUUCCUGCAGCAACCAAUUUAGUAAGGUCAUCUGUACACGCAGGGCUCUAAAGGAUGUCCCUGAUGGCAUCUCCACCAAUACACGGUAUCUAAACCUUCAGGACAAUCAAAUACAAGUGAUCAAAGUAGACAGUUUCAAGCAUCUCCGACACCUAGAAAUUCUUCAGCUUAGCAGGAACCACAUCCGCAACAUUGAGAUUGGCGCCUUUAAUGGGCUGACCAGCCUUAACACUCUGGAGCUCUUUGACAAUCGCCUCACAACCAUCCCAAAUGGCGCCUUUGAGUAUCUCUCAAAACUGAAGGAGCUUUGGCUUAGGAAUAACCCUAUCGAGAGCAUACCAUCUGAUGCCUUCAGUCGCUUGCCGUCCCUGCGGAGGUUGGAUCUGGGGGAGCUAAAGCGUCUCUCCUACAUCUCAAGUGGAGCAUUUCAGGGAUUGAGUAACCUUCGCUACUUGAACCUGGGCAUGUGUAACCUCAAAGAGGUCCCUAACAUCCAGCCCUUGAUUCGCUUGGACGAGUUGGAAAUGUCGGGGAAUCAGCUCACCAUGAUCCAACCCAGUUCUUUUAAGGGCCUCAUCCAUCUUCAGAAGCUGUGGAUGAUGCACGCCCAGGUCCAAACCAUAGAACGGAACUCCUUGGAUGACCUGCAGUCGUUAAGAGAGCUCAACCUGGCACACAACAACCUCUCCUUUUUGCCCCAUGAUCUCUUCACGCCUUUGCGCCACCUGCAGCGAGUGCAUUUGCAUCACAAUCCUUGGAACUGUAACUGUGACAUUCUUUGGCUGAGCUGGUGGCUGAGAGAGACUGUCCCGACGAACACCAGCUGCUGUGCACGCUGCAAUUCCCCUCUCAGCCUCAAGGGGCGCUACAUUGGUGAGCUGGACCAGAGCUACUUUCAGUGCUAUGCCCCGGUUAUUGUUGACCCACCAGCGGACCUCAAUUUGACUGAAGGAAUGGCAGCAGAGCUCAAAUGUCGGACGAAUUCAGUGACCUCGGUCAGCUGGCAAACACCAAAUGGCUCCAUCUUAACACACGGGACGCUCAAGAUGCGCAUCUCUGUCCAAAAUGAUGGAACGUUAAACUUCACCAACAUCACCGUCCAGGACACGGGAACCUACACUUGCAUUGUAAGCAACACGCUGGGCAACAUUUCAGCUUCUGCUGUCCUCAAUGUGACCACCGUUGACAACAGUGGUUUCAGCUAUUUUACGACGGUGACCGUAGAGACAAUAGAAACCCCAAACAAUGGGGACAGUAGGACACCGGUGCAGCCCUCUUUUGGCUGGGCUUCAUCCUCAACCACAAGGGGAACACCCAUCGCCACAGAGAGGGCGUACACCCUUCCUGUGACUGAGAUAGACAUGGAUGGGGCUCUCAACGGCUUGGAGGAGGUGAUGAAAACCACCAAGAUCAUCAUCGGCUGCUUCGUGGCCAUCACACUUAUGGCUGCUGUCAUGCUCAUAAUAUUCUACAAGAUGCGCAAGCAGCAUCACCAGCAGGAUCACGAUGGACCGUCCCGCUCCAUUGAGAUCAUCAAUGUUAAUGAGGAGCUAACAAGGGUUCCAGCCAUGGAGAGUCACCUGAAUCUUCCAGCUGUUGAGCAUGAUCAUUACAAGUACUAUAAUUCCUACAAAACUGAUUAUAACCACUUGGCCACUCUCAGCUCUUUGCAUAGUUCGGCGCAUGAACCUUUACUUAUUCAAGCCAGCUCAAAGGAUAACGUACAGGAGACGCAAAUUUAACCAUGCUUUCAUUUGGAUGAACUAAACUGUACUAAUGAGGUUUCAUAUUCGGUUGCGGACAUGCUUUCAUGAAGGCAGCAGCUUGAAAUAAGACAUUCAACAGUGUCAUUGAGAGUCUGGGUGUAUGUAUUAUUUUAACAAGUGUCUUUACAAAUCUUAUUUAUUGAAGAUAUGUGAAGUGACUCUAUCGUGAAUCAUAAAAAAGAUUUUAUAAUUUUUCUCUUUUUCAAUGCAGACUGGGAGAAUUAAUUCUAUCAUUUGUCGCUCAAAUUAAGUUAAAUUAAGACUACAGUUAUUGUUGUUUUUCACUCUUGGCAUAUUACAUCCCUUUGCUUAAACCUGUUUUUGUAUUCUGAGACCCUCAAUCCUUUAAACAAAUACUGGCCAAUAAAUACACACCAGACUUCAAAUUGCAUGGAGCAUUUAGAUAUGAAUAGCAGGCCCGAUGGCUGCAGCUGCAGUAGAGAUGUAAAGAAACAGUUACAUUUUCAAAUGAAAUUGUCAGCCUGGAUUUGAUAUUUUCUGUUGUUUUUAAAAGUCCCACUUUACAAAUGCUACUAAACAAUCCUACCAUACCAAAUGUUUUUAUUACAUGGCAAAUUUUCUUGUUGGUUAAAUUGGAUAGAAAUUCUACUUAUUUUUAUGACACAAGGUACCCAGAAAUGACACACACACACAUUGUUUUCCUUUCAAAUUUUUUAUUAAUCUUAAAAAGCAUUUUGUGGAUUUGACUGUGGAUUUUCUGCCCUACCAAAUUUCCAAACAAACAUGUUUAAUGUUAGUAAGGACUUCCCCAUUUGCUGCAAGUUAAUUUAUCUUAUUUAUUUAACAUCAAUUCAAUUGUGAUUUGAUAUCAUAAUUUAAUAGUUGACAUUCUCAAGUGAGUAUCUUGUAUCUAUGUUAUCAACUGUAAUUGCUUUAAACUGAGUUUGAAUCCCAAUACUGUGAAAUUAAACAAAUUAGUUUGGAGAUUGGCACACUUCAUUCCAGCACAGGUAAGAACGACAUCCAUUUAAUUGUCCCUACUUUGUUAGACAUUUUUCAGUUCUAAUAAAAAAAGUAAAGCUUGUCACAGUAAUUAGCAAUAAAAAGGGGGCGGGAUUAGUGAAAGCUCAAUAACAACAAAUUCCUUGCCAAUAACAUACAGUAUGAACUAAACAUUAAUGAUAUAUCAUUGAACAUAUGAUUUGUACAAUAGUUGCCCCAAAACCAAAUUUGUGUGACUUUAAACCAAAACACCGAAAUGUAAUUUUCAUGGCAUGUAAGACUAGACCUGAGUGGCUAAAGAAGAGAAAAUUGGAUUUGAAGUCUCCUGCGCUAUGAGGAAAUAAAUAAUAAAAUAAAAUAUAGCCUGGUAAAGUCACUAUGGAAACCAAUGACCUACUGAGAAUUGCACUGUCUGAACAAAAUAUGUCAUAUGAUUGUAGCCCAGCACAGAAAUGGUUAUUGUUUUUUUGAGAGGUGCAUUAAUUGUUUCCAACAGAAAUGAUUGGUCAACCACAGGGUUUUACUGUGAAUGUGCUCUCUUUAUAUAUACCGUCAGCUUUAAUUUGCUGUUUUUACCAUACUCUACAGAAUGUUAUAUUUAAUUUGCUGUGUAUUUUAAUAUUAUCAUUUUACCUGGUCGUACGUUCCCUAACAUGUGUGUGCAUCCAUACAAAAAUGCAUGCAAAGCAUAUGUUUGUAUACCAUUUGUGUAUGCCUUUACAUAAAACCUCAAUUCUUUUUCCACAGUUGUGUUUGGUGCUUUUUUAUGUUUCUCAUGGUCAAUGCUAGAAUGAUGUUGUAUGUCACACUUCCACUUUUAAUCAUUUUGGAAAGCCUGCUGUUUUCUCACUAGCCAGCGCUUGAAGUUAACUUCAUCUGAUUUUAUGUCAAAGGUUUAAAAAGGUACAUGAUGACUAUACCUUUAAUUCAUCAUGACUAUAUUAAUCUUAGAAAGACAUGUUUGACAGCAGGGAAUUCAUCAGAUAACAUAAUGUAUGCAGAACAUUAUAACCAACCCUACAUUUUAGCUUAUAUAUUUAUCAGUCUUUCAUUGAGAAUUACUAAUCAGUUUCUGAGAUCAAGUAAACAAACGUUACUUUCCAUCAUUUCCUAUUGAUUUAAUGGUUAAUUCUACUUGUCAUUUAUUCUUUGGCCUAAACCUUUUACUUUUACCCUCAUUGCUAUUCACAUUCUGUAUGAAAGAUGAAUUAUAACCCCAUAAGUUUACAUUACAUAAACCAUUGAUUCAAGUGUAUUUUGUUUUUGCUUUUUUCAUUUUAUUUUUGUAUCAAAGUAAAAAAAAUAUUCCUACUAUUUUUAUUGUACAUAUACAAUACAACAGGUGGGACAAAUUGUCUCAAUAAAAAUUAGCAUUGGGCCCAAAAAUAUGAAAAUGUCUGUUUUCAGAGGGUUUGUACAUGAAUGCUAGCUUGCUCUUAUCUCUUUCAGCGUUCCUGAGCACAGCAUCCGUUACUGAAUAGAUCAAUGAUGCCUACACGGUCUACAUAUAGAAAUUCUGUGAUGUUGGACUAAACCAAUUCUCUUUGGUUUUCUUCUUGUGAUUUGUUUGUUAUUGGUAACUCAUUUUAGAUUUCUAUGCUAAGCUGAAGUGGUUUUUUUCUUUAUGGCAAGAGAAUGUCUGUUUAUUGACACAACUCUACGAGAACUGUUAUUGAAAAUAACCAAUAAUAUUUCUGUCAAAUUUCAUAUUUGCUGAUCAGUUCAUAAUGCUUUGGGAAUACAGCUAACUAAACGUUAACCAUGAAAAAAUAUAAAAUACAAGAGAUUGUAGUUCAUACAGUUACAUGCUGUAAAUGUAAAUAAAAUGUCUUUUUCU